GAGGAACCACCCCUGAUUGAGUAAGUGGUUAUUUCCUCACUCAGACAGUCGGCCCGUUUCUGACCGUCAGUCUCUGUCGCUUGAACAGAACAAAGUUAAAUUGACUGAUUGGAAAGAGUAAGGAUGGCAGUUUGGGACAAAAAGGUUUCCUGGAGCUUCAUGGUCCUGCUGGCAGGUGCUGCAGGUCUAACAGUUGUGAACUAUCCCGGUCCGGUUUGUGGGGUGAAAGGGUCGACGCUCACCCUCCCCUGCACCUUCUCAACCCUGAAGUCUGUCUCUGAGGGUGGAAGAGAAGUUCUGGUAAAGAUCCAGAGAGUCGUCUGGUGCCAGAACCAGGACAUUUGUCAGGGUUCAACUCCGUCUGUGUACGACAGCGAAUCAGAGCGGAGGAGCAACCCUCGCUACAGAUACCUGGGAGACAAGGAGGGAAACUGCACCCUGCAGAUCACAGACUUACAGGAGACAGACGAUGCAACUCUACGAUUCAGAGUGGAAGCUGAUCACAGCAGUGCAACUUUUACUGGCCUACCAGGAGUGAGAGUCACAGUCAGAGAUGGGAUCCCGAUGCAGAUCAAGAACUCCAGCGAAGCAGACGCUCUGCUCUGCACCGCACUCUGCACCUUCCAUCACCUGGAGGUCACCUGGUUCAGAGACGGCCACGCCCUCCCACAGUCCGGCCCCUCCCUCAGGCUCAGUGCUCUGACUGCAAAGGAUUCUGGGAACUACACCUGUGCUUUGAAGGAUGACCCCCGAACAACGUCUCUGCCGUACAGCCUGCAGGUGGAGGCUGCAGGCGGAGGAAAACAUAUGGACCCCAUGCUGGUUGUUCGUCUAGUUCUCUUCACUCUGCACACUGCGCUCAUCCUCACAGUGACAUCCAUCCUCAUCAGGAGGAUGUGUGUGUGGAAGAAGCUGAAAGGCGUUCCUGAGCCGCCUGAAUCAGGUUUUACUGCCUCUCUAAAAACACUGAAUCUCCAUCAUUUGAAUAGACCGUCUUUUCUUCGCAUUGUUUCCAACCGCUCUGCAGCGCCACCAAGCAGCCUCACCAGACUGAGGACAAAGCACUCCCUCAGGACUGACACGGUGUCGGGUCUACAGCUCAUACUGCAUUGAGUCGGAUCCAUUUCUAAGUCAAUAUUUAAUAAAUAUCACCACUUGAUUGACAAUUCAAUCAGCCCACGAAUCCCUUCAUAAUGAAAUCAAAGACAUGUCUCCAAAGGGCUCCUCUCUAAUCUGAAGAUGUGCUUCUGAGGACUUUGAAACACUUCGGGACGCACCUUUCUGAUAUUCUUAACUAUUAGUCUACACAUAUCAUCUGCUCAUGCACAACCCUUAGUGGCAUUCAUUACCUGCGGACAGGGGGAAAGGUAAACUCCUGGGGGUGCUGCUGAACGCUGGAUUGCACUCUGUCUGAUGAUGUAAUGAAAUGUUGUGCCGUCCACUGACCGUCUGUUGGAUGUCUGCCUCCUGUUUCAGCUUGCAGAAGAGGUUCCUUCUGGAAAUCAUCCCUCCUGAUCAAAGCUCCUUGGAUAUAUUCAGAUUAUCCACAGAGCAUCAGCCCUCUAACAGGAGCAGCUGCUGUCUCCCUGUUAGCUUCACUGGAAGUGCUUCUCUUGUGCUUCAGCUGUUCAAGAUGUGUCAUCCUGUUUUGAUGAGUUUCUCCUUCUCCAUGAAGAACUCCCUGGACUGUUUGCUUUACUCCCCAUCUCCGCUGCUGUGGUGUUCAGCUUAGUUUUAUUCAAAAUGUAGAAAACAAAUCCUCUUUGGAUCGUACAGAGGUAAUAAUUACAGCUCUAUAUUAAAUAAAAUAAAUGAAACAACUAA